CAGACCUCCCUUCAGAUGGCUGGCAAGAGACAAUUUCAGAAUGCUCAUUUGGAAGAGAUUCUUCAGUACACUAAUGAAAAAAAUGGAUGGAGCUCUCAGCACUUUGCUCACUGACUGCAGCUGCUGUGUGUGAUCCACCAGCUUCUUGCUACUAAAUAACUGUUUGGAUCAUGGUAAAAAAAACUUCACUCGAAGAAAAAUUGUGCUGAGAAUCAAAGGAGUAAGGCAUCAUCUUUUCCACAUCAUUUGGCCUCAAAAGGGGAUUAACGAUGCCUAAUGCUGUUUCUGAAACCCUUUAAAUCGUUUCUACAAUUGGCAAGUCAAUUUGCUUUCCAUCUACCUCUACAAAGAAGCUAAAGGGCGCUCAGAGAGCAUGUUGAUGCAUUUUUGUUCCUCAUGAAGUAUCGGCAGACAGCUGCCAGAAUACUGCUGAAAACAUUCACAACAAAAAUGGGGAUCUCUGCCAUCACCGAAAUAGAGGAGGUGAGAAUCCAAGGAGAGAAAGAAGACAGAGAAGAAUCUGUUCUUGCUCUGCUGGGAAUAAUAGGAACAAUUCUAAAUCUGCUUGUGAUCAUUUUUGUAUAUAUCUAUACGACAUUCUGAAAGCUCACAAACUGGUGAGAAAUAAGCUAUUACCAAAAUGUUCUUCAGAAUGCAACUGCUCAACACAAGGUACGCUCAAAUAAGCAUUAUCUAUCCUCAGAAACAUCAGUAUUUCAGCAUCUGAUUAAAUAAUUUACACUAACAAUGUGUGACACCUGCU